AUAGAAAUUUCAACGUAGUUCGUUCCCGAAGUUGUGCUGCAUAGGAAGCGCUACUCGGCGCUAUUUUGAGAUAUGCAGCAUGUUGAGCAUUCAACGGACACGGAUGGUUAUUUGAACAUAGGAGGAUUGAUGGAUCAGAUUGUGCACGAUAGCCUCAUGGAUGACAAUCAUCUAGAUCACAUACUAUUUUCUACAGCAACAAGAAGCGGCGGCAGCUGGUCAGGCACAAAUGCGCCUGAAUCAUCAAACUCGGCUGCACACGAUAAUCGUUGGAUUGCCGACGCGCCGCUACCCCCAGAAGAAUCGUAUCAGCCGGACCUCCAAGCAGCGUUUAUGAGUCAUUCUUCCUAUAAUAAUCAACAGACGGCGCCGGGUAACUGUCGAUUUGGGGCUGGGCACCCAGCAAAUCCUUUCCAUCAGUAUCCAGCACAGCGAUUUCCGGGUCUUCCACCUCAUUGCGGCGGAUCCCCAUUCGGCGUCACUGGCGGGUUUUCGGUGAAUCAGCAAAGGCCGCAACAGCCUGCAUCACCGCAAGGACCAACAUAUACUGAAUUAAAGCCGAGAAUGUUGAAUUCAACGAAAACCCCGAAUCUUACUGCUUUGUCAGCACGUACAACAGUCGCUGCAGUUCCGUAUUCGAAGUCGAUGAAUGAACAGAAAGCAGAAACAUUACCACCUGCUCCUUCUGUCCUACCUGCUCCUAUGGAUAUGAGUGAACAGUCGACUUCAUCUCGAUUUGAUUCAUCAGCGAUACCAUCGACAUCUGUCGCUGAUGGACAGUCCAACACGAUGCAUGUAAUGCCCAUAUCUGAUGAAGAAAUCGAAAGGCCUCCACGUCACAGUCAGCUUCCCAGCGAAGAUAAUUCUGUAGUCGAUAUUUUGCAUUAUGAGUUUAAAGAUAGGGUCGGCCCUCCAUUCAAAUGUCAUACGCUCAACCUGUGGGUGGAUGGAUUUUGCGGGUCUGGGGAUCCGACUAGGUUCAGUCUUGGUUCCUUGGGUAACAGCAGUCGACAACCAGGAGUAAUACCAGUGAGAGGCCAGAUUGGCAAAGGUAUGCAAAUGCUCUACGAUGAAGGACGAACUUCGAUAACAUGCUUGUGCGAGUCUCCCAUUUUUGUGCAAGCUCCACUACAUGCCAAACGAUUGAACGACGAUACAGCCACUGUGUACAGGCUAUCUGGUGUUUCUGAAGGCGACGAUGCAUCGAAUCGAACUAUUGAGAUUUUUGACGAAGCUACCUUUGAAGAACUGCUGGAAGAAGCAAAACAGCAAGGAUAUCGCCAUGUUUACGCCCUACAGAACCUUUGCAUAUGCCGAGUGUCGUUUGUAAAAGGUUUUGGAAAGAGUUAUCGUCGUACGACAAUACUCGAUACUCCUUGCUGGAUCGAAAUACAUCUUAUGAAAUACUUACAAAGGUUGGAUGAGGUUUUGUCAACAUUGCCGACACCGGCCUAUGAUAUCAGCUGAUUCAACGUUGCUUAUUCUAUGCAGUGCUUGCCUCAAUUCGUAAAUCGUUGCAAGUUUUCUCGAGAGGUAUAGUGCCGAAAUGGAUUUUCGAAGUCCCAACUAUGUUCGAC